AUGGGGAAAAGCGAGCAAGGAACUGUCAGCCUUGAACCUUCAGUGGCAUUUUACUCUUUGAACCGGCCUGUCAUCCCAAAGCCAUCGCCACACCUCCAACAGCUUCUGGAUGAGUUUGAGCCUUUUGUAUUCCCAAAGAAGCCCGCGUACAGGGUCAAUUCAACCGGGGACAUGAAUUCUGCAAGCUCUACGAGGCACAGGAUAAACGGCUUUAUUGCAUUUAGGUCGUUCUACUCCAAAAGUAUCCGUCCUGCUGCGAGUCAGCGAGAGAUUUCGAGAAGAUUGGCAGUCAUCUGGAAAACGGAGAAAUCCAAGGAUAGCUGGAGAAGAAUCGCUUUGCAAUACAACAACAGUGGCAGCCCUCUUGGUAUUGCUGCAUGGAUUUGUCUGGAAAGUGGAUCAGAUGCAGCGAUUCCCUUUAAAGAUGACCGCACAGACCAAUACCAGGAACCGAAACGCCAAAUCACAAAGUUCAACCGGUUGAGCUCUACUUGUAUCAUUGAAGAUAUCUUUGUUGAGAAUUCAUAUUUCGAUCUUACCUGCCAUACCGAGAUAGGGGUAAAUGUCGACCCACUUCUGUUCUACACUUAA